AUGUGCUCCCGUCUUCUGGCUAAAGAGGAGAAUCAAGGAGUGUACCCUUCGCAGGAGAGAAUGCGGGAAGCCCUCGCUGCCGCAAUGAAGCUCUAUGCGCAACCUCAAGCUUCAUUGGGGGGGGGUGUGGAUUACAUCUCUAUCGAAGCAUGGAAGUCGAGGCAUUCAUUCCUGUUAUAUCGGCGAUUAACCAUAGAGCUGACAAUUCGAGUGGGAGAAUUAGAUACGGCGAGUGAGAUCCUGAGCGUGGCGUUGAGAUUGGAUGGGUUCGGCCGUUCCAGUGGCGCCAGUUUACAGUUUGUGCCUGGGAUUUGCCACGUUCUACCCUUACUUGCUAAAGGUGGGAAGGAAAGCAACCCUUUUUGUAUUGAGAAGCAAGAUGCAGACACAUUAGUUAUGGAUAUCAUCGGUGCGGUGGAAUUGCGAGCGACGAAGGGGCGGCAGUGGUCUUGCCCAGGGCGGCUGGAGAGUCACAGGAGCGAUCGAUAG